AUAAUGGUGGAUGCACACAUACAUGCACUGAUACCUAUGGUAGUUUUGCAUGUUCCUGUCCCGAUGGUUUCCUCCUUAGUCCUGAUAAGUUGACUUGUAUUAAUGAAUCAACAAUUGUAGAUGCGUGUGACCCCAGUCCAUGUAAACAUGGUGGAAAAUGUUCCCUUGUUAGAAAUUUCCAUGGUUUUGUGUGCGCAUGCGAGGAUACAGGAUUCGGAGGCAUUUUGUGUGAAAGAGGAAUCUUAACGGCUUAUGUAAUUGAUGAUUCAUUCAACUCUGGACAGAAAUCAGGAUCCAUUCAAGUGCAGGCAAAGCCAGAUACGAGUCUCACUGUUACUCCAACUGCCCCGGGACUCUCGUUCCUACCUCCAUCCUUACAACUGACAAAUGAUGUAACAUCCGGUGUAUUUGACGUGAAAAGCAUUUCGUCUGGAGUAAAAGCAAUCAAGUUCAUUCUCUCUGGAAUUGAUGCAGAUAUAUUUGAUUUUGUCGAUGAUUUGCAAGUGUUUGUCAAAGACGUAUUUGCACGUUUAAAGCUAGCACGAAAGAUUUUACCAGGUGGAUGCUUUCCGCUAGCUUUAACCACUUGUCCAGCUGUGUUUAAUGCUGAGAUUGGACUAUCUUCUACGGCGGAAUGGUAUCAGCUUAAUUCAAA